CACUGUCUUUUUGUUUCCGCUUUCAUGCUUGCAUCCAAAGUAAUAUGUGAUGACACUUACUCCAAUAAAACCUGGAGUAUUAUGGUGCAGGGCAUGUUCCAAUUGUGCAAAUUAACUAGGACCUUGCCUGACUUACAUUCUUCCCUCAUCUUUCAAGACAACCCCCCUCCUACCACAAAUUUCUUUCCGCCUCCUCCAGCCGCUUUGAAUUUCAUAGGUCAAGAACCUUACCCAACUUACAUUCUUCCCUCAUCUUCAAAG